UUCACGUUCCUCCUUUCGCUUUGUCUCUGCCUUUACUCUCAAUCCAAUCCAUCUCUGUUUAAGUUCUCUCUCUCUCUCUCAGUUGCUUCGCCGCUCAUCUCCCCGACGCAAUCUCGAUUCGAGCACUAUUUCUCAUUUCGUAUUCUUUCUUGAUAAACUACGACGCAGCCAUGUCGCUUAGGCCGAACUCGCGAACCGAGGCCCGCCGGAACCGUUACAAGGUGGCUGUCGAUGCAGACGAAGGUCGCAGGAGGAGGGAAGACAACAUGGUGGAGAUCAGGAAGAGCAAGCGCGAAGAGAGUCUUCAGAAGAAGCGGCGUGAGGGGCUUCAGGCUGCUCAACAGUUCCCUGCCGCGGUCCACUCCUCAAAUCUGGAGAAGAAGUUAGAAAGUCUUCCAUCCAUGGUUGCUGGUGUCUGGUCAGAUGACACUGCUUUGCAGUUGGAGGCGACUACGCAGUUUCGGAAGCUGCUUUCUAUUGAGCGGAGUCCUCCAAUUGAGGAGGUGAUAAAUUCAGGAGUUGUUCCACGCUUUGUUGAGUUUCUUAUGAGAGAAGAUUGCCCUCAGCUUCAGUUCGAGGCUGCUUGGGCUCUCACGAAUAUUGCUUCUGGGACCUCGGAGAAUACAAAGGUUGUUAUUGAUUAUGGUGCUGUUCCCAUAUUUGUUAAGCUUCUUGCUUCUCCUAGUGAUGAUGUUCGUGAGCAGGCUGUGUGGGCAUUGGGGAAUGUUGCUGGGGAUUCACCAAGAUGCCGUGAUCUGGUACUUGGCCAUGGAGCCUUACUGCCUCUGCUAGCACAGCUGAAUGAGCAUGCAAAGCUGUCUAUGCUGAGAAAUGCCACGUGGACACUGUCAAACUUCUGCAGGGGCAAACCACAGCCUCCAUUUGAGCAGGUGAGGCCAGCUCUUCCAGCUCUUGAACGUCUCGUUCAUUCGAAUGAUGAAGAAGUUCUGACUGAUGCCUGCUGGGCACUCUCAUACCUUUCUGAUGGUACAAACGACAAAAUUCAAGCUGUUAUUGAAGCAGGAGUUUGCCCCCGACUUGUGGAGCUACUGCUUCAUCCAUCUCCUUCAGUGCUCAUUCCUGCUCUUCGUACAGUGGGAAAUAUUGUGACAGGAGAUGACAUGCAGACUCAGUGUGUGAUCAACCAUGGUGCACUGCCAUGUCUUCUGAGCCUCUUGACUCAUAAUCAUAAAAAGAGCAUAAAGAAAGAAGCUUGUUGGACUAUCUCAAACAUUACAGCUGGAAACAAGGAACAGAUUCAGGCCAUAAUUGAUGCUGGUAUAAUUGGUCCCCUGGUCAACCUCCUUCAGAAUGCUGAGUUUGAUAUAAAGAAAGAAGCUGCAUGGGCUAUUUCAAAUGCUACCUCUGGUGGUUCGCAUGAACAAGUCAAGUACCUGGUCAGUCAGGGGUGCAUAAAACCGUUGUGUGAUCUCCUUGUGUGCCCAGACCCCCGAAUCAUAACGGUAUGUCUAGAAGGAUUAGAGAACAUUCUAAAGGUUGGUGAGGCUGAGAAAGUUGCAGGUGCAUCUGGAGAUGUUAAUGUUUAUGGUCAGUUGAUAGAAGAUGCUGAGGGAUUAGAGAAGAUUGAAAAUCUGCAAAGUCAUGACAACAAUGAGAUCUAUGAGAAGGCAGUCAAAAUUCUUGAGACUUAUUGGUUGGAAGAGGAGGAUGAGACAUUACCUCCUGGUGACGGCACCCAACAAGGUUUCCAGUUUGGAGGGAAUGAAGUUCCAGUUCCAUCUGGCGGAUUCAACUUUAGUUGAAGUUUUGUAUGGAUCUAUUGUUGGAUGGAACAGUUGAUGCCUGGAGUUGCAAUUUGGAAGGCAUAUAUUGAGGUUGAGACGGGUCCAGUGUGGUCAAGGUGCUUGAUGUGCCAGGUCUUAGUCUGUCCAGUGUCAAUUAUAGUCAAAGAUGUGCCUGCAUGGGUCUGUUUAUGCUAUAUGGUUUCCAAAUAAAGAGGCGGGUGGGAAAUUGUUAUUGGACAAGUUUUUUUUACCAAUCAUCAAUAUAUAUCUGCCUUAGUCCUGUUGCGAGAAAUCACCAAGUGGUAGAAUCAAUGCCAUGGGCAGCGUCUUGAUGCAUAAACGAGACGUUUAUAUGGUUGCCAGUAAAGAUUGUUCAAGUGCGGGAUUAGUCUUCCUAUUUGUUCUGAGUCAGAGUUGUACUAUUAGUUUUUAUACUGUCAUUUGUUAUUCUUUUUUUGGGUCUUCCAGCAUGAAUAUAAUAUUGAUUGUUGAACGUUGAUAAACCUUAUUUCAUUGUGUUCUGAGAGAAAUAUGAAUUUAUUUAGACUUACACUCUUCUAUAUUUAGGUGAGAAUAAGAUGUUUUGCAUCCUUGAAGGAUCAAAAUUAGAGCAAGAUCAAUGGAAUUAUCUCUAUUUGCUGCCUCACAGCGUGCCCUCUCAGUAAAGUUGCAGUCUGUUCUAGACAAUUGAUAAAUUCUCUUGAAAGGUUCUGGUACAAACCUCUUCGUCUGAAGUGCCCUUCUUCGAAUGGACCUAACUGAAUUUUGGCAGAUUACAUAGACCACCUUCAAGAAAGAAAAUGUCUGCCU